AUGUUAAGUCGACGUCGCGAUGAAAUGGCCUUGUCUGAUGGCAUUUGGCAAGAUCGUGAGAUUCAAUUUGAUAUUGAUCAAAGACAGUUGAAACUUAUUCCGGGCGAAUUCCUCGUUGAACGAAUCGAAAAUGUUGAAGAUACCAAAGGAAAUAAUGGGGAUAGAGGAAUUCUUCGAAUAACGAACAUUCGUUUGAUUUGGCACGCUGUGAAUUCGCCAAGAAUAAAUUUGAGUAUUGGGUACAAUAACAUACACGGUGUUACUACUCGUAUUUUGAAAUCAGUAUGUUUAUGGAUAAAAAUUUAUUAUUAUAUUUGAAUAUUUUAAAGACAGUUUUAGUAAAUAAAAACCUAAACAGAUUUUUUAGAAAGUUAGAGGACAUGCUGAAAGUUUAUACUUAAUGGCCAGAAACGCUAAUACUCGUUUUGAGUUUGUUUUUACAUGCGCUAAUCCUACACACGUGAGUUGAAAAUAAACAUAAAUGUUUAAUAAAUAUUCGUAUAUGUUACAAUUAUUAAAUUACACAAAAAAAUAUAAAAAAUUUAAGGGAAAGAGGCCCUUGGGGUCAAUAGGUCAUACUUAUAAAGUAUGCUACUCUACAACUUAAAAAGUACUAAAAAAGUUUGUUGCUUUAAAUAUGAUACAAUUUACAAAUUUUUAGACUAAACUGUUUACUACUGUCAUUGGUAUUCAUCGUGCUUUUGAAACCACUAAAUUGUACAGAGAAUUAAAAAUGAGAGGCGCAUUGGUCGAUGAGCAAGAAAAUUUGCGACUCCUACCUUUAGAGCAGCAAAUCGACCGUCUUGAAGGUGUCUGGAAUUUGAGCACUGACCAAGUAAAGACAUACAUUUAGCACAAUUCUACAUUAUAGAAAAUUAUUUUUAAAUUUAAUUAAUUAUAAGCAUUCUUUUUUAGUAAAACUUCUGUCAACAUCUUACGUAAUAUUACAUUAUAAUUUUUAGGGAAAUUUGGGUGUCAUGGUUAUAACAAAUAUUAGAGUCGUGUGGUUUGCAUCCAUGAACCCAUUGUAUAAUUGCAGCGUACCAUUUUUGCAAAUGCGCAGUUGUCGUAUACGGGACUCUAAAUUUGGCACUGCCCUAGUUUUUGAAACCUCCGUUCAAAGUGGUGAGUAUAUUUUGGGAUUUCGAGUUGACCCAGAAGAGCUGUUAAAAACAGUAUGUAAACAAAUACAAACGUUUCACCAAAAUUACAUGAACGCGCCGGUAUUUGGAGUACAGUAUCAAAAGGACAUUGUAGUAAGUCAAUAUCAGUAACUAUGUAUAAAAUACAAGGCACUUAUUAUACUAAUUUUUUAAAUAUUGUAUUUUUAGACUAAACUUAUAUUUGUUUUUUCAAAUUGAACAAUAUUAAACUAUCAAAAUAUUGUAGAAUACAUAUUCUAGGGCGCAGGUUUUACUGCGUUAGAAGACCUUGAAGUCAAACCGGUAUACGACGACAUACACAUUGAUAACAAACCGUUUAGAGUUGAUGCAUUUGCAGCGUAUUUUUCUGAUAACACAGGCACGGCUGAGCAAAGACCUAUUGUUUAUUCGGAUGAACUUGGUGUAGCUAUCGAAUGUUUAAAGCAAGGAUAUAAGAUCAAAGACCUUUGGUCAAUGAGCAUGGACUAA